GCUAGUUACAUAUCUUCCAUAAUACUAACGUUAUAGACGGAUGAUUAUACAAUUGGGGUGUAAAUUGUCACAAAAGGCCUCGUCGUCACUAGCUUCUUACCAGCUUCUUGCAUGCUAGAAAAUGCCGAAGCACGAGAUCGAUUACUCUUUAUAUCUGGUGACAGACUCGACGUCUGCUAUCCUCGGUGAUGCGGAUAUUUGCGAGGUAGUCGAAGCUGCUCUAAAGGGUGGCGUCACAUGUGUUCAAUACAGGGACAAGACAAGCGACACAGGUGUACUGAUAUCAACGGGCCGAAAGCUACACCAGAUCACCAAGAAGUACAGUAUUCCGCUACUCAUCAACGAUCGCAUAGAUGUUGCGCUUGCCGUUGGUUGCGAGGGCGUGCAUAUCGGACAGGAUGAUCUUGAUCUACCGACAGCUAGAAAGAUCCUAGGAGAAGACGCUAUUAUUGGCGUUACCGUGAGCAACAUUGCCGAAGUAGAAUCUGCGGCUAAUGGAGGUGCUGAUUAUCUGGGGAUUGGGACUGUGUUCGCUACAUCUACAAAAGAAAAUACAAAGAGUAUUAUCGGAGUAGAAGGCCUCCAGGAAAUUCUACUUAGGAUCGCAGCCGAGAACUGGCCCGUAAAGACGGUAUGCAUUGGCGGCAUCAAUGCAUCCAACGUAUCACGCGUAGUAUGGCAGAGCUCCGUAAGAGGGAAGUCCCUUGACGGCGUUGCAGUCGUGAGCGCUAUUAUGGCAGCCCGAGCCCCAGAGGCAGCCUCGAGAGAACUCCUCCAGCUGGUCAAAUCACCGCCUGCGUUCGCAAAAUUUGGUGUGACGCCAAGCCAGCAGACGAGAUCGCCCAAGGAGCUGCUUGCCCUCGUGCCAUCUAUUAUUAAAUCCAUCAACAACAAAAAACCGCUCUCCCAUAAUAUGACUAAUCUAGUUGUCCAGAACUUCGCUGCCAAUGUUGCGCUGAGUGUUGGCGCCAGCCCUAUCAUGGCGAAUUACGGCGAGGAGGCUAAGGAUUUGGCGAAGCUGGGAGGUGCGCUGGUUAUUAAUAUGGGCACGGUUACGCCGGAUGGGCUGGCGAAUUAUUUGAAGGCUCUGAAGGCAUACAAUGAUGCUGGGCAGCCCGUUGUGUAUGAUCCCGUGGGCGCCGGUGCAACCGCUAUAAGACGAUCGGCCGUCAAGACUAUUCUUGGCGGUGGCUACGUUGACGUCCUCAAAGGCAACCAAUCGGAGAUCCUGUCUUGCGUCCCCGGAGGAUCUACCGUUCAACAACGAGGCGUGGACAGUGGCCCCGGCAACCAGAACCUCCAGGAGCUGGGGUCCGCGAUUAAGGAACUAGCCCGGCUCCGCAGACAUGUCGUUGUAAUGACCGGGAAGACGGAUCUAGUGACGGCCGGGGACUCAGUGUUCACGAUUGAGAACGGCCACGAGUACCUAGGAAUGGUGACGGGCACGGGAUGCUGCUUAGGCACAGCCAUCUCAGCUGCAGUCGCAGCAUACCCUGACGACAAGCUUGCCGCUACCAUAUCCGCGAUAUUGCACUACGGCAUCGCAGCAGAGCUGGCGGCGGAGAGGCCCGAUGUCAAGGGUCCAGGCACGUUUGUGCCGGCGUUUAUCGAUGAGUUGUAUAAUGUGAGGAAAGCUACGGUUAAGGGAGAUAUGGAGUGGUUGAAGAGGGCUAGGGUUACGGUGGUAUCUUGAGCAUAUGGGUUUACUUGGAUAUAAGAACAUAGACGGUGGGUUACAUAGUGGCUUCUAUGUUAAUAGUCUAUCCUUUUGGAAUGAUUCAUCUUUUGAUGGUUGAUUUUUAUCUUGUAUUAAGUAUGCAGGUUUAAGAAUCUGGGUCUAAGAUUGAUGAUUCGAUGUAAUGAGCGUACAGCAGGCCCUGAUAUGAGAUGCAGGUAUAUAAUUAGAGGUAACUAUAAUAAUUAUAAGUAUCUAAGGUUACCUACCUAUGUAUAAAUAACUCGGGUAUCGAUAAGCUAUACAUUUCUCUAUCCCCGCUCGUUCCCGUUCCCGUUCCC